AUGGGCUGCGCCGUGUCGGUGGAAGACUCGUCGAUGUCGGCCUCCCCAUCCCCGCGGCAUAUGGAACGCCAUAACCACAACCGGCUCUCCGUCGCCAGCCUAACGCUCCCGAAUCAGGAUGACGACGCUAUAUCGUCUUCUAGUGUGCCGUCGAUGGAGCCGAACCCGGUGCCCGCGACGGGCUUUGGCGGGGAAGACGAGCGAGUCUGCAACACUGAAAUAAGAAUCAAAUGGGUCGUGAAAAAGCUGGCAGAGCAUUUCCCGAUUCACGAAGAACCGCAAUGGAUCGCCGAGCGGCUGAACCGGAAGGCUUCUUCAGAAAUCGAGUCCUCGACGGUGAUCCGCGUGACGAUGGCCUGGGAAAGUGAGGAUAUUCGGUUACCAAAAUCGGUGGUUCUGAAGAUACCCCUGAAUAAAGAAGCGCGGGAAGACGAGCGCGGGCGCUUUUACUACACGCUCUUCAAACGAGAAUGCAACGCCUUUGACUGGCUGCAACAUUUGAAGGACUUUCCUACGCCGAAAAUUUAUCACAUCAAGAAGCACGGCAAUGAAGAAGGGGGCGCCGUAAUUAUUAUGGACGAUAUCGGAGUUGACGCGCAGCAACAGGAUGAGAGAAAUGGAUUAGGGUGCGAAAACGUCGGGGACCUGCUCUUCCAGCUGGCGCGCCUGCACGCUCAAUCGUGGCGCGACAAGCAGUGGACCACGCUUAUCGCCGAUCUCCCCGUCUCAUUCUUCGCCAAUGAAGCCGGCACGUUCCCCGAGAUUCUCGAGUUCUUCACAUCGAAAGGGGCCGACCCGAUGCGGCUCAAGAAAAUAGAAAAGUUCUUUGCCGCGUCGUAUCUGGAGAACACGGUCAAUGAGGCGAGCGACGAGUUGAAGGUUAAUAAAGUCCUGGUCCACGGCGAGCCAUUUUCUUCAAACAUUUUUGUCGAUAUCGUGGACACCGAUCAUCAUCCGAUUGCAGGAAUUGUCGAUUGGACAUCGUGCCAUGCCGGUUGCUUUGGCGAGGACUUGGCGAAGGCGAUUUGCUGGAAUUUGACGCCGAAGGAGAGGGCUACGCAAACCUCACAAUUGCUACAAUCUUAUCAUUAUCAGCUUGUUUUGCAAAGUGGCAUCACCUCAAUUACGGCCGAGCAAGUGCGAGCCGCCUAUGAAAAAUUUGUGCCCGUGGCCACUGUCAGCUUUGUACAUAAGGUAAUGAUGCUGCGGACGAAGGCCGAGCCGGAAGCGCUGAUCGAGCGCGCGAACAGCUUGAUCAAUCAGGUCUACAACACGAUCCGAAUCACCGAGGAACUCUUCGACGACGACAAAAAUAACAACGUCGGCUGGGGCGCC